GAGAGAGAGAGAGAGAGAGAGAGAGAGAGAGAGAGUAAAGAAAAGGCGUUUCCAUCAACGAACCGGCAAAACUGUGUAUCCAGACAACCGGACGGACGGAUAGAACUUGCCUGGAACAAAAACAAAGCAUUUAUCCACACUAGCCAAUAGAAUUUCGACAUAACAAUUGCUUUUGUAAUCGCUUUUAUAUGUUUAUAAAAUAAAAUCCAUCACUAGACGGCGUCCCAGAGCUGACAACAUCCUAAACCAACUAGCCUACAUUCUGGAUAGAGGAGCUGACUGAAGAAGCCGAUUUUGCAGCGAGAGUGUCCGUCAAUCGAAUACAAAAUCACAUUUUGAUAACUGGUAGAGAAGUGAACACUGUCUCACCCACAGAACAGGGCAUCUCUCUUCGCGGACUCAUAGCCUACACAAAGCCCGGGACCAUGUCGGAGUACAGUUCUUUGCUCAGUGACCUGUCUGAGAACAUCACCAACGAGGACUUGGACCAACUCAAGUCAGCCUGCAAGGAGGACAUCACAGAAGACCAGAGCAACACAAUCACCUCCUCCAAGGAGUGGUUCAACUACCUGGAGAAAAACGAAAAGCUGGCACAGGAUAACCUGUCGUACAUCGAGCACAUCUUUGAGAUAUCACGACGACCAGACCUGCUGACCCGGGUCAUUGAGUAUCGCACCACCGUACUCAAGAUCUCUGAGGACGACGAGAUCGACACCAAGCUCACACGCAUCCCCUCCGCCAAGAAAUACAAAGAUAUCAUUCGCCAACCCUCUGAAGACGAGAUCAUCAAGCUGGCUCCUCCCCCUAAAAAAGUGUGAGGUCUACACCUCUGACCUUUGCACUUAGACCCCUGGCACUCCAACCAUCUCGACCCCCCUCCUCCUCCCGCCUCCCCCAGUUCCACUAACACAAACCAUAUUACACAGAGACGCUAGCAACACCUCUCCAAUCAACCAAUCAGAUCGCCAUGAUGCUUCACCGCCCCUUUAUCCAAGGCUAAGGAAGAGCUGAAGAUGAAAGAUGGACAGAAUGAAUCCCCCUUGUUAAAAGAUGUGUUGGUCAGUUUAGAGCUUGUGUACGUACCUGUACUAGUAACACUGUUUUAAGAAAAUGUGUAAGUGUGUGUCUGAAUGCGCGUGCGUGUGCGCGUGCGUGUGCGUGUGUGUGUGCGUGUGUGUGUGUGUGUGUGUGUGUGUGUGUGUGUUCAAACAUAUCUCUCUCUGUGUUUGUAUGGGAUCCCCUCUAGUUCGACCUAGAAAAGUUGCAGGAAAAGCAGCAUUAUAUCAGAAGCGGUAUUUGCAUGACCUGUGUUAGGCCUUUAGGAUGAACAUGCUGCCAUUAGGUACAUAGAUUUGCAACCAUAUCCUUCAAUCAAUCUUGCAGUACACCUGAAUUGCUAUUCCACUAAGAGACAAAUCAAUGGGAGACUAAGUGAAAAUGUCACUUAAGUGGAAGUAGGAUUCCACUCAACUUAGCAUUAUGCACUGCGCUUUAUCAGUGGAGCAAAAUGAAAGCUAUAGUACAGGUGUCAUAUUUCCUUUAGUCAAAACUCAGACCAAAUCAUCAGAUCAUUGGAUAUUAAAAAGUGUUUCGUUAGGUAUUCAUACAAAAAGCCAAUAUUUGCCUUUAGCCUAGCCAUAGCAUGGAAUUAUCGAAGAAGAAAGUGUUAUAAGGAUAUUAUAUGUAUUCUGAUAUUUAUAUGGUAUUACACCAUGACAAUAGUAUCAUUUGAUCGUCUUUUUUGUUUUGUUGACCUAAAAUUAACAUGCUAUCCUAUACCCUACAUUGUUAUAAGGACCAAUAGAAUUCACAUACAUGGGGGAAAUAAAGCCUAUAGGCUACUCUCUGUAUUGUUCAUACUAA